UUAAAAUUCUUAACUUUAUUAGUUCAAAUUUGUGUUAUAGGAAUGUUAUAUACAGUAUACUUAAUAUUAAUCUAUAUUGUUUUAGGCUUUUAGAUCAAAAACCCUAGUUUACAUGUCCUUUUUUAUCAAUUAGGUGACUUUCCUAUUAAAGGGUUCGAAUUUUUUCGAACCCAGAUCUUCAUUUCGGAUUCAGAACACGAAUUUUUGGAUUUUGGUGGCACUGGGUUUGUUGAUUUGGUAAUUGGGAUAUGAAUUGUGAGCUUUUUAUGUAGUCGGGAAUUCUGAUUCUUUUAAACUGUGAAUUUUGUUGGGAUCGAAUAUUUGGCGAUUUUGGUGAACUGGGUUUUGUUGGAUUGGAGCAGGAAUUUUGAGACUCACCUUGUUGGGAUUAUGAAUUUUUGUGUCUAGAUGUUUUGGAAUUGAAAUUUUGGUGUUGGAGUUAUAACUGAAGUGUGUUUUUUGACCAUGGAGGGUAAUAAGGAUGAAGCAUUGAGAUGUGUUCGUAUUGCUGAAGAAGCAAUUGCGUCUGGUGAUAAAGAGCGUGCGCUGAAAUUUAUUAAGAUUGCACAACGCUUAAACCAGAAUUUGCAAGCAGAUGAGCUUUUGGCUGCAUGUGAGAAGCUUGAUUCAGGUUCUCCUGUGUCUUCUGUGGAUAAAAAAGUUGUCACUGAGGAUAGGAGUGAGUUUGGUCCAGUGAAAUCUGAUGAGGGAUUAAAUGGGGAGCGUAGUUAUACUGAAGAACAUGUUGAAUUGAUUAGGCAGAUUAAGAGGAAUAAGGAUUAUUAUGAUAUUCUUGGUGUGGAAAAGAAUUGUGCGGUUGAGGAGAUUAGGAGGGCAUAUAGGAAGUUGUCGUUGAAAGUUCAUCCUGAUAAGAAUAAGGCUCCUGGUUCUGAAGAGGCAUUUAAGAAAGUAUGCAAGGCGUUCAAGUGUUUAAGUGAAAGUGAUUCGAGGAGACAGUAUGAUCAGACGGGUUUGGUUGAGGAAUUUGAGCACAACCAGCAAUAUAAUGUUAGGCGGAGAAGGAGGAGAACGGCACAUGACUUGUUUGAUGACGAUAUUGAUGCUGAUGAGAUAUUCAGGGCUUUUUUUGGUCAGGGAGACAUGUUUCGAGGAAGCCGUGUUUAUAGGACUAGAGGAAUGGAUGGUCAUCAGAGGGAGAAUUUGCAACGAGGACCUAAUUUUUUUAUCCUCCUUCAAUUAUUGCCAUUUCUGAUAAUUUUCUUGCUUGCAUAUCUGCCUUUUUCCGAGCCCGACUAUUCUUUGCAUAAGAAUUACUCUUACCAGAUUCCUAAGAUGACUGAAAAACAUGAAGUGGAAUUUUUUGUCAAAUCAUCAGCGUUUGAGAAUAAAUAUCCUCUUGGAAGUCCUGCCCGAGAUAAUGUUGAGGACAAUGUGAUCAGGGAUUACAAAAAUAUGCUUGGCCGCUACUGUCACAUAGAGCUCCAGAGGCAUCAUUGGAAUAGAAAGCUGCCAAUUCCUCACUGUGAUAAGCUACGUAACUUUGGAGUAGCAUGAAGGUAUGAUGAUGUACCAGUUGAAAUAAUGCUUCCAUCUGUUUUCUAAUGAUUAGGAUAUAUUGGUAAAAUCUGGGAGAGAGCUUCAAUGAUAGUUUAUGAUGAUGAGCCAGUACUCAAUGGUAAUGGUUGGUGGAUGUGGCUGAUCGUGGGGUUGUAUUCCAUGGAUGUUACUGAGAUUUCCUUCUUUAUUUGAAGACCACUGUUUGGUCAUGAAUCAGUUCGCCAAGUGGUCCGGGAUUGUUAUUUAUGAGGAUUUUCAAUACCCUUAUCAUGUCAUGAAACUAUGCUCUUCAGGAAAUGUGAUACAGUAGUGCAAUAUAAAAAUUGUACACUCCUAGUAGACUGAGAAUGGUUAUAAAGAAUAAUGGAAGUCAAACAAGUGUUUUUUUUUUUUUUUUUUUUUUUUUUUUUUUUUGGGUGUGAAUUUUCUCAGAUUAUGUUAAUGUAUAAACAUUUGAUAGGUGUGCAUAUAUGCCCAAAACCUAUGCAUAGGCUUUCCUGAGCUUUUUGA